AUGCUGUCCAACUCCCAGGGCCAGACCCCGCCGGUGCUGUUCCCCAGCCCGCCGCCGCCGCCGCCGCCGCCGCCGCAGCCCCCCGCCCCGGCCCAGCCGCCGCCGCAGCCCCCGCAGCAGUUCCCCCAGUUCCACGUCAAGUCGAGCCUGCAGAUCAAGAAGAACGCCAUCAUCGACGACUACAAGGUCACCACCCAGGUCCUGGGGCUGGGCAUCAACGGGAAAGUUUUGCAGAUCUUCAACAAGAGGACGCAGGAGAAAUUCGCCCUAAAAAUGCUGCAGGACUGCCCCAAGGCGCGGCGCGAGGUGGAGCUGCACUGGCGGGCCUCCCAGUGCCCACACAUCGUGCGGAUUGUGGACGUCUAUGAGAACCUGUACGCGGGGAGGAAGUGCCUGCUCAUCGUCAUGGAGUGCUUGGACGGCGGAGAACUCUUCAGCCGAAUCCAGGACCGAGGAGACCAGGCGUUCACAGAGAGAGAAGCUUCGGAAAUCAUGAAGAGCAUCGGGGAGGCCAUCCAGUAUUUGCACUCAAUCAACAUUGCUCAUCGGGAUGUUAAGCCCGAGAACCUCUUAUACACCUCCAAAAGGCCCAAUGCCAUUUUGAAACUCACCGAUUUUGGCUUUGCCAAGGAAACCACCAGCCACAACUCGUUGACCACUCCUUGUUAUACGCCUUACUAUGUGGCUCCCGAAGUGCUGGGACCCGAGAAGUACGACAAGUCCUGUGAUAUGUGGUCCUUGGGUGUCAUCAUGUACAUCCUGCUGUGUGGGUACCCACCCUUCUAUUCCAACCACGGCCUUGCCAUCUCUCCGGGCAUGAAGACUCGCAUCCGAAUGGGCCAGUACGAGUUUCCCAACCCAGAGUGGUCAGAAGUAUCAGAGGAAGUGAAGAUGCUCAUCCGGAACCUGCUGAAAACAGAGCCCACUCAGAGAAUGACCAUCACGGAGUUCAUGAACCACCCCUGGAUCAUGCAAUCAACAAAGGUCCCUCAAACCCCACUGCACACCAGCCGGGUCCUGAAGGAGGACAAGGAGCGGUGGGAGGACGUCAAGGAGGAGAUGACCAGUGCCUUGGCCACCAUGCGUGUCGACUACGAGCAGAUCAAGAUAAAAAAGAUAGAAGAUGCCUCCAACCCUCUGCUUCUGAAGAGGCGGAAGAAGGCGCGGGCCCUGGAGACUGCGGCCCUCGCUCACUGA